AUUUUAUAUAUAAUUAAACGUAUUAAAAUAAUGAUCACGAUUAAGUGGAAACAAAAGCUUGAAUUACUGAAGCUAUUUCUAAUUCAGGCGCGUUUCUGGAAAGCGCGCCAAGCAGCCACCAGUUUGAAAUCCGGAUAAACAACGCGUGUGUUGGAAGCGUUAUUAAUGCAGACAUGUCCCAGAACGAUGCGAUUCAUGACGAUGACCUUGAGAAGUCAGGGGAAGCACUGAUCGAGUUCAUCAAGAGCAGUAAGGCAGAGAGCGUGCUUCGAGGAGCGAGAGAGAAGCUGCAGGAGUUCUUCGACCACCACAUCAAGACCAAGAAGACCACAACCGAGCUCUUAAACGAUCUCGUGCAUGCAGAGGAAGUGGUCGGCCAGAAGCUUCUGGAUUUGGAGCGGCAGAAGAGUCAGAUGGCGCAGGAGAUCGAGAGGAUGGAGCAGGAGGUACAGCGGAGCCUCUCCAAAAGCCAAAUCCUGGACUCAGAGCAGGAAUUCUUGCAGAAAGAGUUGGAAAGACUCAGAGAUACUGAGCAGGAAAUUCAAUCUCUGCAACAGGAAGUGGAUGAGGACACAACUGAGGUCAUUCCUUCAGCCAUAUACAUCGCUCAGCUCUACUUUAAAGUAACCAAGAUCAAGCUGGAGGUGGACACAGAGCCGCACAUCCUGAGGGGAGUUCACUACGGUGCAGAUGUGGCAACCCCCAUUAACAUAAACACAUCCACCCGCUCGCCCUGUGAGAUCAGUGAUGACCUGUGGAGCCUGGUUAAUACUGAAUGGUAGAGCUGGUGCACAUGCACACUGUUAGCUCAAUUGUUUUUAUGCCUAUGUAUAUAUAUAUAUAUGCAUGUGUCUUGUAAUUCUGUUAAUAAAGUUGCCCCCUUUGCAUCACA